AGCACGCCGGGGGUGAAAUUUAAACGAAUGUAGGGCCGUUUGGUCACAUCACACCGGUGCCCGGGGGAACUAUGACUGCGUUCGUUCGCGUCCCGGGCCGAGCAGACACUUAGAAUGAGGCGGGUUUGGGCUCUCGUUUACAGCUGCACGUGGCACCAUGCUGGAAGGCUACAGCCCUGUGACCCAGGCCCUGCUGGGGACUCUGUUCACCUGGGCGCUGACCGCCGCCGGAGCCGCCCUGGUGUUUGUCUUCUCCAGUCGACAGAAGCGCAUCUUGGAUGGAAGUUUAGGCUUUGCAGCUGGGGUAAUGUUGGCUGCCUCCUAUUGGUCAUUGCUCGCGCCGGCGAUUGACAUGGCGGAGCAGUCCGGGAAGUACGGCUCGUUCGCUUUCAUGCCUGUGGCUGUGGGAUUCGCUCUCGGAGCGGCCUUCGUUUAUUUUGCUGACCUGGCCAUGCCCCUGCUGGGAGUAGGUGCUGACCCCCACACCGCCCUGGCUCUGUCCCCCGACUCCAAGCUGGCCAAAGAGAAAGCGGAGCAGCCCUCGUUCCAGCUCCCGGACUCUGAUGAGUUGACCGUCAGGAUAGGUAGAGCUGGACCCCUCUCAGAUAAAAUGGAGAACGGAGAUGUUCACCAGAGAAGGAGAGGACAGCAUCCUGGCAGCUCAGAUGGACCGGAGGGAGGAAGUAAACAACAGGAUGGCGCGGGGAAGUCGGGAAACAGCUGGCGCCGCGUUGUUCUUCUCAUCCUCGCCAUCACCAUCCACAACAUCCCAGAGGGCUUGGCCGUGGGAGUUGGGUUUGGAGCUAUUGGAAAGACUCCAUCUGCAACGUUUGAGAGUGCCAGAAAUUUGGCCAUCGGCAUUGGCAUCCAGAAUUUCCCAGAAGGCUUGGCAGUGAGCCUACCGCUCCGGGGUUCAGGGGUCUCGACGUGGAAAGCGUUCUGGUACGGCCAGUUGAGCGGCAUGGUCGAGCCCAUCGCUGGGUUGCUUGGUGCCGUCGCUGUCGUUCUGGCAGAGCCCCUGUUACCAUACGCGCUGGCGUUUGCUGCCGGGGCGAUGGUCUACGUGGUUGUGGAUGACAUCAUACCAGAAGCUCAAGUCAGUGGAAACGGGAAGCUGGCAUCCUGGACCUCCAUCCUGGGCUUCGUAGUGAUGAUGUCACUGGACGUGGGCCUGGGCUGAGGUCACCGGGACGACCAACAGAACCCUCAGUGCCCAUGAUGUCAUGACAGUGACCUCAGAUUCUUUUCUUUUUCUUUUUUAAAGGGACCAAAUGAUGGUUUUGAUUCUGAAACUUGAUUGUGAUACGUUUUGUUUUGAAGCGUUCAGAACUGAUUUAUAAAAACAGACAAGGGUGACUGUACUUGAACCAUUAUCUUUCACGUAUGGGCAGAUAUCUCAUUUGGGAAUGACUUUAUCAAUAUGUAAUGAAUAUGCAACCAAUUGCAGAGCGGGUGAAUGUUUCAUGAGAGGAUGCUGCUUUUUUUGAGUGUGACUUUUUCAGAGACAUUGUUUAAAGCAAAGAAAAACAACAUUAUUUUUUUAGUUUGCCUCUUCCUGUGUUAUAUUUCCCCAUAAUGGCAAUACUUGAAGUCUGGUGUUUGAUUAUUAUUAAUUUUUUUUGUUUAAUUUCAGGGACCAUGAAUGAAAACUUAGAUUUGGCUUAUUUCAUUCUGCAAGGCACAGUGUGAUUAUGGUGAACGGAAAUAUGAAGUUGUAUUCCAGCCCCAUGUUCCAAGUCCGACCAUUUGUUUCUGUAUGAAUAUGACAUUAAUGAGGAACCUCUGACUCAUUCUCAUGUCAGACUUGACAUGAUCUACUUUCAAAACAUAACAUUGUUGCCCUUUUUACCGUCUCCUGCCAUCUACAGGUCAGUCUGGAGAAUCACAUGUCUGCGUCUAAAUAUUUAAAUGCUGAUGUUAAUGCUGAAUUAGAUUGAGGUAUUUAUAUAAUUAAACGGCCGAAUGCUUCUCACUUUU